GGAUACUUAAAUAGAAUAUUACGAGGGUUGACGGUGAAAAUGUGUUACCAUUGACUUUUAGGGGCGAGAACCCAGCGGGAAAUAAAUUGUUUCGUACCAGAGAAUCUCAAGUAAAUACUCGCGGAGACUUUCCGGAAAGCUUCUUUAUAUUGCGCCGGUAAUAGAAUAAAGAACCGACCACGCAAUGGAAAUUCUCACUUUUUGCAUAAUUGACGUAUCCUCGGGAGCAUACCGGCACGUUGAAUUAUUUUAUCUCGGGAUAAUGUGAUUUAAAUACAAGGGACUGAGAAGACGCUGUAACGUUUCCAUAAAGUAUAGGGGGAUGUAAAUUUUGCUGCAGUUUCUUCGCUUCUUUCUCGGCGUGAAUUUUUUACAACGUUAUGGAAAGAUGAAACAAAAGUAUAUGGAAGAAAGAGAUAAAAAAGAAAACAGAGGAAAAAAGGAUUGAGUAAAGUGGCUACAACGAUCUCGUGAUUAAUGUUCUAGAAAUGUAAGAUCUCUUCCGCGGUCGGUGUAAUUCAAGCUUGGUUAAACCAGCGCGACCGCUGAAUUUCAUGACGCAGCCAGCCUUUAAAAUUUCCUGUUUAAGAAGACCACGAUGUAAGGCAAUGGAAACGCGUCGCUAUUGUCUUUCAUCGCAACCAUCACGGAGGGAAAAAAAUCGUUUCGCGUCUCCAGGGAUUCUUCAGAAGUCCCACGUAUCUGAGCCUUUAGAGUCGCCUUGUUUUCUCGACACAGUCUGUGUCAACAUUUUACCAUUCAAAUGGUUAAGUAAAUACAAGAUCAAUCACAAUAUGAGAUUUUCAUAAAGAAAAUAGCAACUUUAAUCUUAUUGUGCAAGAAACAAGUAACUUUACGAUGAUAUAAUAUGAUCUUCCGUUCAUUUUUUUGUUUUUCAAGAUCUUCAAGAAAAACUUCCACUGCCUUUUAAACGCGUUUAGAAUUUUCUUCUGAAUAAUUAAAAACUCCUCAAUGUUGAAAGGAGUACAGAAGUCGUUUCCAUUCCUUCCAUCAAAGACUGUUAUUUCUUCCUUCUUCGUGCCGCAUAACGAGCAAAUAAUAUUCGCCAAUAUACGUAGAAAGCGUAACCAGGUCCAUUUCACUCUCGCUUCUGACAGAAAUCAAAAGAUUUUCACCGUUCGAUGUUCAACAACGAUAGAGACGGCACGGGAAUUAUGGACGCGCUGCAAUGAGAACCGACGACGAGAGCCCGUAUUUAUCACGAAGAGUAAAACUGACAGCAGUCCAUUUCCUGUUCGUCCUGCCUGUCUGGCUGAACAUAUCUCCUGACGAAACAACGUGGACGCCGUUUGUUUGGGAAACAAUGGACCGAAACAAUACCCAAUCCCUCCUCGGUGCGCGGACACGGAUACAGACCACCAUUCUGCUUUCCACGCCCCGUUACACUCUUCUCUCUUUCUAUCGAUGAAAGAAUCUCGCCAGGGACCUGGAAGACUUCACGGAUUCUCGCCAAUGGACAGUAAAAAUUUUCCUCUCGUCGCUUCGUCACUCGCAUUAACAGUUGUCUGUCGUUCUCGUUUAUUCCAACGCCUAAAACUGUUUACAAAAAGUCGCCCUCUGAUUCCUCCGUCGCGAUGAAGAAGAUUUUCAUCGGAAUAUUAACGACUCGAGAAUACCGACCUGGAGAUAAUGCAAAACUGCUCAUCUUCGAAAACCAGAAACAUGACGACGACCACAGGCGAUCCGUCGACUCUGAAGAGUCCAGCCUCGCUCUCCGGCGGCGAUUUGGUGUCCCGCCUUCUAGCAGCGACUCCUCCAUACCUGUACAACGUGCCCUUAACACCGCAUAGCUUCUUCUUCAGCGAGAUGUUGCGUUCGUUUGUGCAAGCAAAGACGGAAGUAUCAUCGGCGAACAACACGACGAGCGUACCUCGACGUCGCAAAAGAUCUUGGCGAGACGCUCGGGAUCGUCCGUUGGAAUUAACCACGAAAGAAAGACAACAUCAUCACCAUCACCAUCACUCGCAGCACCAACAGCAGCAACAGCCGCCGGAUAAAUAUUUCCAUACUCAACAGCAGCCACAGCAAGCGGAGACGCGACUGGAGAACGGAAGUAAGCAAAGCGACGGCUACGACACCGCAAGUAAAGUGGGCAACUUCGAGCAGAAGCCAAACUUCGGGACAGACAUUUUGAAACCGGUGGAUGAAAAUAAAUCUGAGUUUAGCAAGCAGAGUAAGAGCUUUUUCGACGAACGACCUCGUCACUUUGAGCAGGCCCAACCACCGGAAAACAUGUUCGCCAGUGAACUGCAGAAAGUCAAGCCGGAAGAGUCUCACUCUAGCGACCGUAAGAAUUGCAAUUACAACGACAGAAGCCCGUACGAUGAUCGUACGAAGAGCGCGAUUGGCAAUCAAGAGCUACCGCCCCUGUUAUCAGAUCAGAAGAAGCUCGAUUUCUCGAGGACCUUUUUGCCCAGCCUUCCAGGAAGGGGCUGCGAUAUGCUUCCGGGCGUGAAAGGAUUCGGUCUGCCCGGGAACGUCACCAACCCGGAAUUCCUCCCUGGUCCACUUUGGUAUCCGCCUUAUCCAAUGCCUCAAUCAUAUCCUGGCAUCGAUCCUCUACACUUCUUCAUCGACCUUCGCGUAUCCGGCCAUAUCUGGGAUCGCAAGUUGAGCGAGAGGCAACUGCCCUUCAAAGGCAAGCACUGUUCUGCCUUCAGUGUGCCACAAUCCAAGGAAUAUAAUAGCAAUCGACCGUUAAAUUUGACGAGAGACGAGGCUAGCACGUCUAGGAACAGCGAGGAAAAUCUACGUGGCACUAAUUAUAUUUUGAGACACUUGACUAGGACGUACAGGGACAUUGGCCAGGCACGGAAAGCAACCAGGAGCGAAACAUCGACUUCUGGCGAGAGCGAAGACAGUUCAAAGGACAUUGAUAAUAACGAAAGAUCUCCAAAACCGGAAGAAAUCUCGGUUGCGUCCACAAGUCCGGAAGAAGAGAGGAAGGAUCUUCGAGCGUUGAUAGGGUUGGAACUGGUGGUGGAUUAUGUGAAAGAGCCGAAGGGAGAUACCUCGAACGAGCAGAAUUCGCAAGUAACCGAAUAACUCGUGAAAAUCGAACGAUUCUCUUUCGUUCUUGACUGUAUAAAUAGAUGUAGCUCCGACACUUACAAUCUCAGCUGGUUCUCACUCGACUACGUCGUUCAUAUAGAAUGUUUAAAAACUGAAAUUCCAUGACUUUUUUCAUUCGUUGCGAAACAAUCAAAUUCAACAGAUUGUCAAUUUGACAAAAAAUUGCAUAAUUAUUUAACGAUAUCUCUUAUUUAAAAAAAAAAUUUAUUUCACAGUCGAUACCAUAGAUCGAAUUUUAUCCUUUACGAUUCUUUAUAGCAUUUAGAAACUUCAUUGUAGUCAUUUCUCUAGUCAAAUGUAAAUUGUUCGGUUGACAAUGUGUUAAUGUCCCUUUGAAUUAUACACGGUGUCAAAGAAUGUUAAUAGCGAAAGAACAUGGAAUAUCUUGCUAUUUUUCUGAGAUAUUCCUCCCACUAAUUCGUUUCGUCUUCUCUUUUUCUUUAUUUUCGAUGUGAAUAUUUAGAGACAACCUUGUACAUUUAGAAACGAUACAUUGAAAAACUAGCAGCCUCGAACUUUCAUUGGUGCUAUCAAUUGCGUAAAUGUGGAUGUGGCUGCCCUAAUCUGACAGACCAAGCAAUACAUAAGCCUGCUAUCUAUUCACGCUCAAUACGCAACUGAACAGCGUGAGACUUACGACAUUUUUUAAUAUCGCAGUUUAGUCACGGUAUUUUCCAGAUACAUUGAGUUUUUCAUUCAGCAAUCUGUACCACCGUGUCUGUCGUUCUUUGAAGACUCUUCCUAUCUUACACUCGAGACUCGGCUCGAAAGAGUCAUUUUCUACCAAGGAGGAUCUUAGAGAUCCCUUGCGGGCCGGAAACGCUCUGCUACGAAUUCAACUAUAUGUGAUAUGCGGUGUACAUAUUAUAGUAGCGUUCUAUUGUAUCUAUAUGUAUUAAUAGAAAUCAUUCGACCUGUAUAUUAAACGUAAUAAAAGUAAUGCGAUUCAAUCACGUGAACGAAUUCGUAUU